AUGACGACUCGCACGACGGGCUUGCUCCCAGCAGAGCUGUGGGACCACGUCCUGUCCCUCCUGCCACCGCACGACCAGCAGCACACGGCCCUCGCCCUCUCGCGCGCCUUGCCCCGCGCCGACCCUUCGCCCACCUCGCUCGUGCGCCACAUCCGCAUCACCCGCCCUCGUCAAGCUCUCCAGGCCGCUCAAGCCCUCCGCAAGUCGCUCACCGACUCGGCCCAGGCCACCCGCACCGUCACCGUCGAGGUGUGGCGAGACGACCAGCAGCUCGUCGUCAACUUGCUCCUCGCCAUCCCUCGCCCGACCAGCGUCAGCCUCACCGUCGGGCCUCUCGCCGCGCCUGAGCACCUCGAGGACCUCGUCGACCCGGCCUCGAUCCACCGCUCGGGCAGGUGGCGCCACCUCGAGCAGCUCUCGUUCCGCUUCAACCCGUACAGCGUCCAGAAGUCGUACCACACGUUCCUCAAGGGCGCCUACUACGACACGGCACCGCUCUCGCUCGCGCGCUGCGACCCGCAAGACGUUCCCGCCCUUCGCCGCCUGUCGUUCAUCCAGGACCUCCCGCCGACGUACGGCGUCGUGCGCAAGGAGACGCCUGCAUUCGGUCUCGCCGACCUCGACGAGGCGCUCGGCGAGGCGGCGGCAGGAGGUGACGCGCCGGCGAGCGAUGCUCGACCAGAGCCCGAGCCAGUCGUGUACGCGUCGGUCGGCGGCAAGUUCGGCCGGGUCCUCAAGCACGACAAGAUGGACUUUGCCCAGCCCAUCGUCUUCUUCCAGCUCGGCUGCAUCACGCACCUCGCCCUGUCGCCCCUCGCCGCCCAGCUCUCGCACGUCACGCUCCGCAUCCCUCGCCGCGCCCUCCUCCCGGCCCUCGUCGACCUCGCCCCGACCGAGAAGCGCGCCCCGUUCCCCGCGUUGCGCCACUUGGACCUGUCGACGACGCACGUCGCAGACGAUGCGCGCGUGCCGACCCUCCUGAGGCUGUACCCGGCGCUCGAGAGCCUCGUCCUCGACCGGUGCAGCGGGCUCGUCGGGCAGGACGCGGUCGACGAGGCGACGGCGCACGCAACGCUCAAGUGGCUCGGCAAGUGCUGCGGCGGCAGCGGCCUCUCGCGCGCCGACGAGGCCCUGCGUGUAUGGCGCCGCAUCUCAAAGGCGCGCCCGACCGACGCGCCCGCGCCCUCGCCCUCGGCGCCGGUCGACUCGCCCAUCUCGCCCGUGCGCGACCUCGUCGUCCUGCCGCCCAUCCCGACCCUGCGCACGCUCGGCCUCGGGCUCCAUUCGCGCCUCGACAAGCGCACGGUGCGCGCGUGGGAGGCGUCGUUCGACGAGGGGUACGGCGAGGCGGUGCGGCGAGCGGGCGAGCGCGCAGAGGACGGCGCCGAGCGGUGGGCGAGGUGGGAGAGGAGCGGCCGGCUUGACCGCGACCGCGACGCGAGGGUCGCCGUCUUUGCCGAUCAGCUCGAGCUCGGCAGGGAAGGAGGCCUCCCUGUCGAGCUCGUCGAGGCCCUGCGCGCCGCCGCCGCCGUCGUCGAGCCUCGAGCGGGAGGGGCCGCAGGUCCAGGCGACGCAGCGCACGAGCCGGACCCGGUCUUUCUCCGGUUCUGCACGCAGCGCAACCUCGUCCCGCUGUCGCCCUCGGCGUGCCCGUCGUCGCUCAUCUCGUCGGUCGCGCGCGCCCUGUCGCUCGCCUACUCGUCGGCCCAGUCGAGCUUUGCGCUGUGCCUCACGCCCGACUGCUCGGACCGGCCGGGCCGGGCGCACCUCGUCGUCGGGCCGGGAGGAGGUGCGGCGCCGGAGGACGCCGAGACGAGGGCCGAGAGGGAGCGCAGGGCGUGGAGCGAGGAGCGCGAGGAGGAGUGGGGGGUUGGCGGCUGGAGGAGGGGGCGGGAGGAGCACAAGGAGCGCAUCAGCUCUCGCACCGUCAGCGCCACCAGCCUCGUCUCGACCAUCGCCACCCCGGCAGCCGCCACCGUCUCUGGCGAGUCGGCCGUCGCCUCCACCGCCCUCGCCGAGAUGCCGACGCGCGCGCCGUUCCAGCCUGUCUGCGCUCCCGCCGACGUCCCUGCCUGCUCGGUCGCCGCCAAACCUUCCAUCGCCCGCACAAAGACGGCGACGUCGCUCGCCGAAAAGGACACGCCGUUGCGCCGCUCGGCGCGCAUCGCCGCCCUGCGCACGCAGUCGGGCGUCGAGAGCGACGAGGACGAGCCGACCGACUCGCCGACCUGGCGCCCGCAUCACGGCGGGAUCAAGACGGAGGAGACGAACGAGGGUCAAGGUGUCGAGGGUGGGCAUGCGCCGAGACGACGAGCCGUCAUGAUCAUCGCCGACUCGGACGAGGACGAGGACGACGAGCAGCCGGUCGCGACGCCCGCCGCGGUCGGCCAGGUCGAGAUCAUCACCCUGUCGGACUCGUCGCCUGACUCGGUCACCCUGGCGGCGUCGAGCGAGCGAGGCGACUCGUCGCCUGAGCAGGUCGGCUCGUCGCCCGAGGUCAACGGCCCUGCCGACGUCGGCGUUCGUUCUCCCAGCCCGUCGUCCGCCCCAUCGAGCCUCUCUUCAAGCGGUUCGAGCGCCCUGCCUCGCGGUAGCGAUGUCGCAGCCGCCGAGCCUGUCCAGUCGAGCGAGGUCGAGUCGCCCCGUCGACCGGUCAAGGUCAAGGACGAGGUCGACGAGCAGCGGCUCGGCGAGCAGUGCGAGGACAAGCCCACGAUGGAGCAGCAGCAGGUUGACGUUCUCGGCGAGAUCAAGCGCGAGCAGGACGACCUCGUCGCGGUCAAGAAGGAGACCGACUCGGACAAGCGCCUCGUCCCGCUCGAGUGGCGGUUUGCGCUCCUCAGCCCGGCCGAGUACGUCGCUUUGACGCCGCCGACGUCGACUACGAGGUCCGCGUUCGUCGUCAAGGGCGAGGACGUCGACUCGCAAGUGUCGCUCGUCCUGUCCAACCCGCUCAACCCGGUUUCGAGCGAGGACCCGUCCUCGGCGCCGCACGGUCCGAGCGCCAGCCCGACGUCGUCCUCAUCUCGCUCGCACGUCGUCAAGCACGAGGACGACGAGUCGGCGUUGCCGGCGCGUCCGUCGCCUGCCGACCUUUCGCUCGACGACUUUCCCUAUCCCGACCCGCCGACGCCCGACCUUUCCCCUUCCCCGCCUCGUGGCGCACACCCCAUGUCGCCCUCGUCGGCGUCGCAGGAGCGCACCGGAUCUCUCGCAGCCGGCAAGCCGUCCUCGUCCGAGCUCCUCCUCCAGCGCCACGUCCAAGAGUCGGCCCUUCGAGCGCACGGCUCGGCCGACGCCGUCGCCGACCGGUACCAAGGCAGCGAGGACGUCGUUCCGCGGGAGCCGGCGUCGAGACCGGCGGCAUGGGUCGGCGGUGCGCUCGAGGAGCAGGCGGCGAACGUCGAGCGCUCGGGCCUCGUCGCGGCGGGCGAGACGGAGGACGACGCGGCGGCAGCGAUGCUCAAGCUCGCUCGUGCGGCGGAGGCGAGGUCGUGCACGGUCAUGUGA